AUGGAGUACCUGAAGUCUCGUUCACCUCCAAGAGCGAUGCCGACGCAGAGGUUUUCCAGCUUGAAGCACUUUCCUACAAAACAAAAAUAUUUCACAUACCAAAACUUUGCCCGUGCAAGUUCUGCAAUAAAGCUAUAUUUGGAUUCCAAUUCGAAGCUUUCACGUGGCCACUUGCUCAUUAGAUUGUGUGUUGAAACGCACAUUAUGCGAGGAGAGACAAAAUUCCCUUCAUGCCCUAUCUGUAAAUGGGAUAUUGAAAUUAAUAGAGAGGAGCUUGGGCUUGCUUUUGGUGAAUGUGCGGUGUUACGUCGCCAUCCCGCAUCUAAUGUAACUAUCGUUGAUGACUCACAAAAUGAGGAUGCUUUCGCAUCUGAUGAUGGGGGUUGGGAGGAAAUAGUAAAACUAGGGUUUAUUAGAGAUGAAUCUCCCGAGCAAAUUAGUAAGGACUGCGGAACGAGCCCGAUUGCAAACAUUUCUGUCACGAUACAUGAGCAAGCUACAAGCUCCAUUAGCAACGAAAAGGGUACAACUAACUUGGUGCAAGUCAAUACAACUGAUCAAAUUGAUACAAACGAUACCGAUAAAUUGCAGGGUUUAUUGCAAGAGCUAUCUACGCCUAUCAAAGGAGAGACCGAUGAGGAUAGCAAAGAGGGUUCUAAAGAUUCGAUGAUGCAGAGUUUAGCCCGGUUAUAA